GUGUUAUAGAAGGCAUAGAAGGCCCGGAAUUCUUCUAGAUUAUACGCCCCCACUCCUUCUAGAUUAUACGCCCCCACUCCUUCUUUAGGUUAAAGGGAGGACAAUUUAACCCUCUACGCAUUCAGCCUGCAAAUUGUCCUUGUGCACAGACUAGAGUGACACACUGACAAUAUACCAGUUUUGUAAAUUGCAUUUUAUUAUAUUGGUUCAGUUGAUUGAAUCUUGGGUAGCUGUAUGGUAAUGGCUGAGAGUGGAUUCUGUGGCAUCUCUUCUCACAACACAGUUAGCAGAUUGAGGAUAUCUUCAAUCCACACAAGUAAGACAGGGGCGCUACCUUAUCAUUCUUCUGGCCGUGUACCCACUGCACACUUUCCUUCAUUCAGGCAUGGUCGCAAUGCAAAUGAAAAGUCCUCUAAAGUUAGGACAUCCUCUUCUAAAGGGUGGAAAUACACCUAUUUGCAUGCUUCUGCACCAUUAUUUGCAGGAGAGUGUGGAAGUUCAAGAAUUUUUUUACCAACCAUUGUAAAACCUGGCAGGAUAGUUAUGAGCCAACAAGCAGCAAAGGAGGACAAGAACGUAUAUACAGGGUACCCUCCAAUGCAAAAGAAACCAAGGUGGUGGUGGAGAGUGUUAACAUGCUUUCCUUAUCUGAUAUCUUUUCAUAUUACCUGGCUGGUUCUUUACAGCAUACUUCAUUGGUGGUUACCUGGGUGUUCUUUUCAUUUCUUUUUACCGUCACGCUCUGCAUCAUUUGUGCCCUCAGAGGAUGGUUCACCUGAAGUUCAAGCACCUUCCGAGGAGGCACCACGCCGUCUUCUCUGUUUUACUGCACUGAAACUAAUCUAUUUACUGAAAAGGAAAGGGAAAUUUAAAUGUUCACUUCUUCACUCCUGUUGGGAUGUGAAGCCCAACGGUCACAAUCAUUCGUUUUCUGAGACUCUUUCUAUGAAGGUUCUAUAUGAUUAUAUAAAUACACGAGUACAGUCCAUGCUUGAUGUGUUGUAUUUGCAUUAUUGA